AUGCCUUCCUUGAUACCCCGCUGGGGCAGCUACGGUUGCGAUUACUAUGACGACAACAAUGGCAAUAGGAACUGCAGCUCUAACUGGGACCGCUGGGGUCGCUGGGUCGCCUUUGCGAUUAUUGUCGUGAUAGCCUUCCUUAUUUUCUUCUCAUUUGCUUGCUUCAACGCUCGUCGUCGUCGCGCUCGUGGCCGACAACCGCUCACUGGCACAGCCUGGAUGGCACCACCCCCCGGACCACCACCACCUAAUCAGCCUUACUACCAGAACGAGGCAUACUACCCACCUCAACCACCACCACAGUACUCCGCCAAUCCCCAGCAAUACGGAUACUUCGGCGCGCAACAAGCACCCCCUCCACAGCAGAACGGCAUCGAGCUUCAACAACCACAAAACUCCUAUCAUGCAUCGGGCGCUAGAGAUUACUCUCCCCCACCGGGACCACCUCCGGCCAAGUCAUAA